CACAUUAAUAAAGUGUGUAUAUAUAUAAAGGCAUGAGUCCGUAACCCCCUCAUGUAAACAAUCUAUUCGUAAGAAGUCGGAACGAGUUAAUAAUCUUCAGAUAUUUGAUAGCGAUUGAUGAAUGUAUGAUUUUAAGACAUUCCAGCACAAUAAAUAGAUAGACAUGUCACACUCUUUCAAUAUAGUUGAUACCAGUGUGGACACUGAUGAGUAUGAAUCAGCUAUGGAGUCAACACCAGUUCAGUCAUUUUCAACAACGGAAGGAAUGAUCUCAGUGACUGAGCCUGCACCGUCUUCUGCUAUCAUUAAGGAGAAAUGGACAAACUUGCUUGCAUACUGGCUUCUAGGACUGACAAACAACUUUGCUUAUGUUGUUAUGCUGUCAGCUGCCCAUGAUAUCCUUUCUCAGGAUUUCAGUAAGGAUGCAGUAGGUCUCCCAGAAAAUGCUACGAACAUUAGCAACCCUCGAGACUGUAACAGAAUGGGCACAGGCGCUAUACUGCUGGCAGACAUUAUACCUUCUCUAAUAAUGAAAAUAUUUGCACCUUUUAUGUGGUCUCAUGUUCAUUUCCGUGUUGGGACAGUGGUUGUGCUGUGUGGUUUGUCCUUUGUACUUGUUGGAGAAGCUGUGAGUAAGAACAUGGCCAUCAUAGGAGUCGUGUGUGCGUCAGCCUCUUCAGGUCUUGGAGAAGUUACCUUCCUUGCUUACACAGCCAGGUUUCAUAGGAAUGUGGUGUCAACUUGGUCAUCAGGCACAGGAGCUGCAGGACUCUUUGGUGCAUUAAGUUAUGCAGGCUUCACCUCAGCUGGACUCACUCCAAGGACAACGGUGCUUCUUAUGCUGAUCAUACCAGUCAUUAUGAGCCUCAGUUUCUGGUUGUUGCUUAAGCAUCCAAACCAAGCAGGACUCUGUGGAUCACGUCACAACUACAAAGUCAUCACGCAAGAAGAAGAUGAAGAAAGCGUUGAGGCCAAGGACUUUGAGGUUUCACUCAGGUUCUCAGAAAAAAUGGAGCUCCUGCCAUCCCUUCUGAAGUACAUGAUACCCAUUGCUCUUGUUUAUAUUGCAGAAUAUGUCAUUAAUCAGGGCCUGGCAGAAUUAAUCUACUUUCCCGGUGAGAAGGAUUGGCUGAACCAUCAUGAACAGUAUCGGUGGUAUCAAGCAACAUACCAGCUUGGUGUCCUCAUAUCCAGGUCUUCAGUUAAUUUCUUCUACAUUCGCCAAGUUUGGAUUACCACAGUUUUACAGUGGGUCAAUGUCCUCAUCUUCCUAACCGCUGCCAUCUUCUGGUGGAUCAGCAGCAUCUGGGUCAUUCUUGUGCUGAUUCUGUGGGAGGGACUCUUGGGAGGAGCAGCUUAUGUCAACACAUUUUAUAAAAUCACAGAAGAGGUCAAUGAUCACCAAAAGCCCUUUGCCAUGGCAAUUACAACACUCUCAGACACAGUGGGUGUAACAAUUGCUGGAUUUAUUUCAAUUCCUCUUCACAAUGUGAUUUGUCAACUACCACUGUAAAAGCUUGUGAUCAUUAGAAUUCUUAUUUUCACUUAUUUCUACACUAUAAUGAUCAGGUAUAAUCACUAUUUAAAUGGACAGAAUGAUGCCAUAUGAAAUGUAGAGUUUUGCUUCCUAAAUGCUUAAGCAACAUUGGUUUUCAAAUGUAUUCAAAUUUUAUGAUAACUAUUUGAUCAAGUAUAUUCUCUUAGGAUCUAGAUGAAAGGGAGCAUCAUAGUAAAAUGCAUAAGUCUGCCAGCACAGGAAAUUUUUCUUUUCUUGUUCACACUUUUCAUAUUCAGGUAAAACUAUAUAUAUUUUGGCUCUACAGAGCAAGCUCAAAUAUUUUUCUACAUAUAUAGUUUUACAUCUUUAUAUAUUUAAUCAGCAUGAAGAAUAUUUCUGAUUCCAGGUUCAGAUUCAUACAAAUUUUAAAUGAAACAAUUAUACAGAGACAUCAUGUACAAGCACAUUUUAAUAAGUGUUUUUGAAUUUAAAAUACACUUGAAGCAUACUGUCCGUCCAAAGAGACUCACUUAAGAAAAAGACUGAGUUCAGGGAAGAGAAUGUUCUUUUUGAGAUUUGUCUUUUGAGGCAGAAGAUAGGGUCAAAUAUAAGGAAAAUGGCUCAGGGGGAACAUUAUAUGAAAGGGCAUUUAGCAUUCCAGUUACCUUCCAGUGUUUUGUAUGUAUUUUCUAGACAAAAUAUACCCAGAUAUAUAGUACAUAAAGGUUAUUCUCAGGAAAAGAAAGAUGUACUUUUCUCUUUUUAGAGAAAAGUUUAGUUUAUUGACCCUGGAUUAUUUUAGUACUGCUGUAUAGAAACAAGAAAAUAUGUAUUUCUAAUCUAUAUGAUACAUUAACCGUUUAUACAGAUUUUUUUUUUUUUUUUUUUUUUUGGUGGGGGGUGUACCAGAAAAUAAGAUGUAUUUAUAUUUAUUCAUUUCACUUUGUUUUUUCUUUCUUUCUUUCUUUUUCACUUGGAAUUAAGUAGAUUUUCAGAAAGGUAUAUAAGAAUUUGUAUUUAAAUUAAGUAAAACAAUAAUUAUGUAAAAUGCUAACAUAUAGAUCUGACAUUUUAUAUAUUAUAUUUCAUAAUGACUUGAUUAUACAGGUUUAACCUCACAUAUCUGGUGGCCCUAGUCUUUUGGGAGAAUCAUUUGAAUCUGGCUGUUAUUAUCCUGUGUGCCUACUGCUUGGCCAGCUGUGUCUCAGUAAACUUUUGCCUAAGGAUGAACACUUAUUUAUAAGAAAUCCAGUAAGCCUGAGCUAGGUUUAUACCUAUGUAAGUUGUAUCAGUUUUGCAGCAGUACAUUAUGUGUAAUAUUUUGCCCAUUUUAGCCUAAAUCUCAUUGAUUUAGAAUAUUUCUACUAUUGUACUUUCAUGGUCCCAAGCUUGUUGAACAAAUGAGAUUCAACCUUUAGUUUUCAAUACUACGUGUCAAAGUUUUUUGGGCAUAAGCUUUAGUAAAAGAAUAUAUAACCAAGCAAAAGAAAGCUUUUCGUACUUACUGCUAUAAUCUGCAAUAUUUUGGAGUGCUUACUACUUUGAAUUAUAUAUGAAGAAAGCAAGUAUUAGUUAAGGUUUCUCAUAACAUUUCAAAUAAUCUAGACUGUGUUAUGAGCAGAGAAACCAUUUUUUUUUUUUAUAUCAGUAAACCUGUUGUCAGAUAAGAAUUUGAAACUAAGAAUUAUUAGUUUCAUUACUGAGUUGCCAGUGCCUAGUACUUUGAUAUGUAUCUGAAAGGUACAUGGUAUUGGUCAAUGUGAUUUCAGAGCUGUGAUGUUUGUAUCUUGUUGAUGUUAUCUUAGGGAUGAAAUAUGUGGAUCUUCAAGGGUUUUGUGAAGUUUAUAUCACUUUGAUAUAUAAAGUUUUCAGUUUAUAGUAUAUACUGGUAUGUUGUUGGCAGGGACAAGAAGAAAAAUAUAUAUGAAUAUUUAAAUAUGCAAGCCAUAAUGGAGAUCAUGAGAGUAGGAUAAAUAUUUUUGGCUUUAUUUUUGUUCUUUGUGAUAUGAUAAAUAUUGUAGGUUUAAUUAUUUAAAUAUUUCUUUUUUUCUUUUAUUCAUGAGUUUUUAUACAAUCCCGAGGUCAGUUUUGUGUUUUAAGGGGUAUGUGAUAUAGGUCUUGGUUAUAUUCAAGGUCUUUAUUUUAUUAUUAUUAUCAUUAUUGUUAUUGUUAUUGUUAUUAUUAUUAUUAUUAUUAUU